ACACUUUCGUUUGCAUGACUUUUCUCAUUUUCAAAUUUCAUAUCAAGCUUGUGGAGUCACACUGGAGCCUGUGCUCACAAACCAGCCAUUCUUUCUACAUGUAGCAUUUUCAGAUUUAGUUCGCUCAAACAAUUCGUAUAUGCAAAUUUUAAUCAUUACACAACUUCAGAACAUUGCUAAAAUAUCUUGCAAUUUUGUCUGAUAUAUUCUCAAUGAACUGGGUACUGCGGAGAUCAAUUGCAUAUCUUCAUAUAUUUCAGAUCAGUAGACAGCCUGUAACAAAUUCAAGAUUUUAUUCUCAAUCAGAAGGAGAUCAGCUAAGGGUACUUGCUACGAAUUUUGAUCAAAAUGCCGAUGACACAGACCUAAAGACGUCAAACUUUGUUCUAGGGAGUAUCUACAAUAUGGCAUUCGCGAAAUAUCUACAAGAAAAAAAGUUGCCAUUUUUGUCUCUCCUGGUUGUAGGAGUUAUAUGCAUUGGCAUCUUUCUCUUUGCAUUUGGAAUGUCAAGUUAUCCUUCUGAAUUCCAUGCAGCUCAAAUAGAAGCUAUGAUUUCAAAAGAUGAAACAAAACAUGUAAAAUCUCAUGACAGGAGACCAGACAAUUCGUCAAGUGAUUUAUGGCAUUACCAUCAACAAGAGGUUCAAAAUAAAAAUAAUUCCAUUUUGAAGGUUAAGGAGCCUCCUGACACAGAUAGGGAUGAAAAGAAAAUGGUGGCAGAGGGCACACAGAAGCACAAUGUAAAGCAGGUGGCAGAGGGUACACAGAAGCAGGAUAGAAAUCAAGUGACCGAAGAGGGCCUACAGAAGCAGGAUAGAAAUCAAGUGACCGAAGAGGGCCUACAGAAGCAACAGAACAUGUCAAUUGCUUUUGGAAAACAAGAUGACUCAGUGUUGAAAUGGGACCUUUGUAAUGGAGGUCCUGAUUUUAUCCCAUGCCUCGACAAUGUUAAGGCUAUAAAAAAGCUAGCAUCACGUCGACAUAUGGAACACAGGGAGAGGCACUGCCCUACUGAAGAAGACUUACGGAGAUGCCUUCCUCCACUUCCUGAUGGUUACAGAUCACAUAUACACUGGCCUCAAAGCAGGGACAUGAUAUGGUUAAAAAAUGUUCCUCAUACCAAACUUGUGGAAUACAAGAAAGAUCAGAAUUGGGUUAAAAUCUCUGGCAAAUACCUUGUGUUUCCUGGAGCUGGAACACAAUUUAAAGGCGGAGCUUCCAGUUACAUCAACUUUAUUGAAAAGAUAUUCCCAAUUAUUGCAUGGGGAAAACAAACAAGAGUUGUGCUAGAUGUGGGUUGUGGUGUUGCAAGUUUUGGUGGACAUCUUCUUGACAAAGGUGUCCUGACAAUGUCAUUUGCUCCGAAGGAUGAACAUGAAGCACAAAUUCAGUUUGCUCUUGAGCGAGGCAUUCCGGCUAUUUUAUUAGUUAUUGGUACACAAAGGCUUGUUUUCCCAAGCAAUGUGUAUGAUGUGAUACAUUGUGCACGGUGUAGGGUGCAUUGGUAUGGCGAUGGUGGCAAACCUUUGUUGGAGAUUAAUAGGAUUCUCAGACCAGGAGGGUAUUUUGUAUGGUCUGCAACACCAGUUUAUCGGGAUGAUCCACAAGAUCAUGAUGUAUGGCAAACAAUGGUGGCUUUGACAGAGUCGAUGUGUUGGAAAUUGGUUCUCAAAACAACGGAUUCAACUGGAAUUGGAAUUGCUAUCUAUCAAAAGCCUACUUCAAAUUCUUGCUAUAUACAGAGAAAAGAAAAUGACCCACCUUUAUGUGAUGAUAGUGAUAGGCCUGAUGGUGCAUGGUAUGUACCACUGCAAAGAUGCCUGCACAAGAUACCUACUAUAACUUCUAUUCAUGGUUCCAUGUGGCCGCCAAAGUGGCCUUUGCGGCUUGAAGAAGAACCAUUCUGGCUGAAAAGCAUGCCACAAAGCACAGAUGGAUCAGCUAGAGACUUCCACAAGGACACAAUAUACUGGAGGCAUGCUGUACAAAAUCAAUACUUGCAUGGUCUUGGUAUUGACUGGUCAUUUAUCAGAAAUGUGAUGGAUAUGAAAUCAGGCUAUGGAGGGUUUGCUGCAGCUCUUGUAGAUGAACCUGUUUGGGUGAUGAAUGUUGUUCCGACUGAUGGCCCAGAUACACUACCUGUAAUAUUUGAUAGAGGCCUUGUUGGGGUUUAUCAUGAUUGGUGUGAAUCCUUCAAUACUUAUCCACGAACAUAUGAUCUUUUGCAUGCAGAUCAUCUUUUUAGUAAUUUGGCUUUUAAGUGUAAUAUGGUGGAUAUAAUUAUAGAAAUGGAUAGAAUAUUGAGGCCACAAGGAUGGGUUAUAAUUCAUGACACAUUACCAACAGUGGAGAAGUUAUUGCCAGUAAUGCGCUCUCUGAAAUGGCGAACAUAUACUAAAAUCACAGAGGAAAAUAAGAAGCUUAUUGUAGCCCAAAAAGAUCAAUGGCGUCCUGAGAAAGGCCCUCAUGUCCUCUUAUAAUUCUCGAAGAAGGCCAUCCACAUUCUUUCAUAUAUCCUCAUUGAUUUACAAUGUAAUAUAAGAUGCAUGCUGCUAAAAUAAUAGAAUUCAGUUCAUAAUUGUGGAAUAGUAUGACAAGAUUGUAUGCAAUGGAUGAUGCAGCGAACAUGAGAACAUGGGGCCUCUGAUGCACAUAAUGCCAGAUUCUAUGGUUAGAAAAUCUAGGUGGACGAUCAUGCAUUGUAAGAGAUGCAAAUCACACCACUAUCUAAGCUAUUUUGUUAAAAUUCAUCCACAGACUAUGUCAGUCUUGGGCAUCCAUACAACCCAUUGGGCCAUUGGCUUCCGCCAUCUCCAUAUGUAAAACUAUCUUCAACUCUUAAAAAAUUGAGUAGAGUAUUUUUUAAUGGUUCAUAGACUGAAAAUAUCCACCCAUUGCCACUCAAAAAUUUUGCACUACAUAAGCGUGCUGAUUUGAGAUGUAUUUGUGAUCUAUUCCAGAAUUUAUUUGGGUCAAUUGUAGAUCUCUAUAAUGUGAAAUAUGAGCAAUUAUGUUAGCUUA